UUGUAGAGGAAAUCCGUUUACUUCAGAAGCAAAAACCAUUAAAAAGCAGCUUAAAGUUUCUUACUCACUUUUUAGAAGUCGUGAACGGAUUCGAACUUAUCAAGGUUGGUGGACGUUUGGAAUACUCAGACCUACAAGACGGUCAAAAACAUCCGUUGCUGCUGCCUAGUCAUUCCAAAUUUGUAUGGAACUAUAUUCGCCAUUUGCAUCUUCGGAACUAUCACGCUGGACCUAAAGCCCUAGUCGCUCUCAUUCGUUUGGAGUAUUGGAUCGUUAACGCCAGAGACUUGGCACGUCGAAUUGUUCGCUCCUGUGUACACUGCGUUCGCUACAGACCGAAGCUGCUACAACAACUCAUGGGCUCAUUACCGCCUAAGCGACUCGCUCCGGCUCGACCCUUUGAACGCUGUGGAGUUGACUUUUGUGGACCCAUCAACACAUAUCUACGCAUUCGAGGAAAGGGACCUACAAAAUCAUACAUAGCCGUGUUCGUUUGCCUUUUCACCAAGGCCGAUCACAUCGAAGUAGUCUCUGACUUGUCAACAAAGGCGUUCUUAAAUGCAUUGAAACGGAUGGGAGGUCGUCGCAAGCUGCCGGCAGACAUCUUCUGCGAUAAUGCCACUAACUUUGGCACCUCAUUUCGGAGGCCUUUGGGAAGCGGCAGUCAAGAGUGCAAAGGGGCUGUUAAAUCGUACGCUGGCCAACACCAGGUUCACCUUUGAAGAGUUGAGCACUGUCGUCGUCGAGAUAGAAUCGAUCCUCAACUCGCGCCCGCUAACGCCGCUUUCGUCAGGCCCAAAUGACUAUAGCACUCUCACGGCGGGUCAUCUCUUGGUUGGCGAAUCAUUGCGAUCACUACCUGAAAGGUCCCUCGAGAAUAUCAAUCUGUCAAGUAUGGACCGCUACGAUGCGAUUACGGCCCUCAAGCAACGGUUUUGGAAGCAAUGGUCUGCUGACUACAACAACGAAUUGCGAUCUCAACGAACAUCACCGAGGGCACGUUGGUCAUCAUCCAUGAGGACAACCUGCCACCGCUACGAUGGACUUGUACGGGUGGUGCACCUCCGCACUGCAAAUGGAACAUGUUGCAGGCCAAUACACAAGUUGGCAAUUCUUCCGGUGGUUUGAAAGCAGUCCUUUCAACGGGGCCGGGAUGUUCGGUCAAACUCCUUUAAGGAACAAAGUACUCAAAUGACCCUCGUAAAAUAGAGAGCCUACGCUCACUUUUUGUAUUUACUCUCACCAUUAUUGUACUAAAUUCACCACUGUAUUCUCUCUCUUAUGCCCAGUGCUCAAGCACUAAGAUUUGUAAUAAAUAGU